AUGGAGGGAAUAUCCGAGAAAGACUAUAUCGCCACAUCGAAUUUGCCGACUUCACCGGGUAAUGGAGAGCAGUCAACCGUUGCGGCAGAUACAAAGUCGGAGUUCAUUAACGAUAAUAAUUCGCAAGCCACCUCCAGCAUCCAAGAUGACCCAGAGGCGAACGCCACUCGUUUAGAACGCCAGUCGACAGAAAUCGGGCCCGCCAUUCAAGUGUCGCGUACGAAGCGCAGAGGAUUGUUCGGGCAGCUGGCAUUGGUAGCGGAGGUUGAGAAUCCCAAGACAUAUCCCCGCAAAAUGAAAUGGUUCAUCACAUUCAUCGUCGCUCUUGCGGGGUCCACAGCUCCAAUGGGUAGCUCGAUUUUCUUCCCUUCAUUAUCCCAAGUCUCGAGGGAGCUGAACACUACCACGACCAUCGCCAAUCUGUCGAUUGCGUUGUAUAUGCUAGCCAUGUCCAUCUUCCCACUGUGGUGGUCGUCAUUCAGCGAGCGGCUCGGACGCCGGACCAUUUACUUAGCUUCGUUCGCUCUCUUUGUCAUCUUCAAUUGCCUCUGUGCUGUCUCGAGCUCCAUCGGGAUGCUGAUUGUGAUGCGCAUGUUGAGUGGUGGUGCGUCUGCAUCAGUUCAGGCAGUUGGUGCUGGCACCAUUGCUGAUCUCUGGGAGUCCAGGGAGAGAGGACGCGCCAUGGGAAUCUUUUAUCUGGGCCCAUUAUGUGGGCCCUUGUUCGCACCGAUCAUCGGUGGUGUUUUGGCUCAGCGUUGGGGAUGGCGAAGUACCAUGUGGUUUCUUGCAGCCUUUGGUGCUCUCACACUCAUCUUUAUACUGAUCGCACUCCCUGAAACCCUUAUUGUGCAAAAGCCCAUCUUUUCGGAGAUCGACGAAGAUGAAAAUGGUGUCAGCCGUCCACUGAGUCGAGUGUCAUCCCGUCAAGUUGUAAGGUCUACCACAAGGUGGCUCAAGACUUUGAAGAUGGUGUUCAUUGACCCUCUCAAAAUCAUUCUUUAUCUUCGGUUCCUUCCUGUUCUUCUUAGCGUUUACUAUGCUAGUAUCGCAUUCGGUUCACUUUAUGUUCUCAACGUCAGUGUCGAGGAAACGUUUGGAAAGGCGCCAUAUAAUUUCUCAACCAUCAUCGUCGGUCUACUCUACAUCCCGAACUCGAUGGGAUAUGUGACAGCCAGUUUGUUUGGCGGCAAAUGGAUGGACAGUAUCAUGCAACGCGAGGCGCGAAAAGCAAACAGGUUCGAUGAGAAAGGUCGAUUGAUCCUGCGCCCAGAAGACCGAAUGCGUGAGAACGCCUGGCUCGGUGCCUUCUUGUAUCCAGCAGCACUUAUCUGGUAUGGCUGGGCCGCUGAAAACGGUGUAUUCUGGCUUGUCCCGAUGAUCGCCAACUUUUUCUUUGGCAUGGGAUCAAUGCUCAUCUUCAGUAUGGUAACUACCAUGUUGACAGAGUUCAUGCCAAAGAAAUCCUCUGAAGGUGUGGCCUUGAACAACUUCAUGCGAAAUAUCUUCUCAUGCAUCGGUUGUGUGGUGACUGCACCUAUCAUCGGCGGAAUUGGAAAUGGAUGGCUCUUCACUAUCCUCGGUCUGGUCAGUUUCGCGAGCAGCUCUGUAAUAUUCUUCAUGAGGGUCUAUGGCUCCAAAUGGAGGAAGACUAUGGAUGCACAAUCGCAUACAUAA